CAUUCCAGCAGAUCAAAGCCAGCAUUCGUUCAUGAAUCAUUGCUGUAAUGGAAACCCGAAGCUGCAUCAGUUGCAAGGCUUUGUGAAAGGAAAAACAUGGCUCCUUGGCUGUUGGAAUAAUGGAGAAGCAGCAGAAAUGGCCAGAUCAGCGAGCGGCAACAGCGACAGCAACGACACCGUGUCUCCCCAAGACCGGGCUGAGGUUCGGGAGCUGUACGACCCAAAGGAGCUGUCAUUGGAAGAAGUGCUGAAAUCCUACGAACAGCCCAUUAAUGAAGAACAAGCAUGGGCGGUGUGCUACCAGUGCUGCCGGGGAUUAAGUCAGCUCCUCCCGGGAGAGGACCAACGUGAGUUCGGGAGAGUCAAGGAUCCUGGAUCUAUAUUGUUGCACAAGGAUGGGACAGUCACCUUGUAUAGGGAUCAAAGUACCCAAGAUGCGAAAAGCAAACACUCCGAGCAGGCAACUUCAGACGGGCAGAUUGUGCAGUCCCUGGGCUUCGCCAUCUACCGUGCGCUGGACUGGGGCCUGGACGAGAGCGAGGAGCGGGAGCUGAGCCCCCAGCUGGAGCAGCUUAUCGACCUCAUGGCCAACGGGGAUAGCGAGGGGGGCAGCAGCGGCACGGCAGACGAGGGCUACAGCGGGCAGGAGGAAGAGGAGGAGCCUGAGUCAGAGGUCCCGCCCCGCACCAUGCGCUCCUUCCACCAGGUGAUGGCAGUGUGUGCUGCCCGACUCUCCAACCCCUCUGAGGCCCAGACCCACUACCAAGCCGUCUGCCGAGCCCUCUUUGUGGAGACCUUGGAGCUCCAGACCUUCCUCAUCAAGAUCAAGAACGCCAAGGAGAUGCUGAGCAAGAUCCGAGCGGAGGAGAAACCUGACACUGGAUCCACAGCUGAGUUAGACAACCUCGGGCACACAGACUGGACGCGGCUCUGGGUGCAGUUGAUGCGAGACCUGCGGAAUGGUGUCAAGCUGAAGAAGGUUCAGGACCAGAAGUUUGACCCGCUGCCUACCGAGUUUGAGCUCACCCCCUUCGAGAUGCUCAUGCAAGACAUCCGCGCCCACAAUUUCAAACUGCGCAAGGUCACGGUUGAUGGUACCAUCACAAAGCGGGUAAAGAAGGACGCUCACGAACUCAUCCUGGAUUUCAUCAGAUCUCGACCGCCAUUAAAACCGGUGUCUGAAAGGAGACUUCGGCCACUGCCUGAGAAGGAGCACACCCUCCAUGACAAAAUCCUGGCAGGAAUCAAGCAAGAGAGGAAGCUGCGACCAGUGGAGUCCCCCUGCCAGAACAGGAGAAACUGUGGAUCCCUGCCCUGCAUUGUCCAGGCCUGCUCCAGUGAUGUAACAUCCACCUCUUGCAUUGACCUCUCCAUGCCAGAGGGUGCUGCCAGAGCCCCCCCACAACGCCCCCGGGUUCUGCUCAAGGCCCCGACCCUGGCUGAGAUGGAGGAGUUGAAUAUUUCUGAGGAAGAAGAGUCUCCGAACGGGGAGAUGAGGAGGGUAGAGAGUUCGCCGGUGCCUCUGCAGCGCGACCACUCCUUCUCUGAGCGAGACCUGGCCCAGCUGCAGAGCGAGAUGGCACAGUCACAGUCUGCAUCGGCACACCUGGCUGGGAGAGUGGAGCGGACGCGCUCUGGCAGCGUGGGCCUCUCAACCAGGGAUGCAAUUCACUACAGAGCUUCUUUCCCUGCUCGUGGUCUGGCAGCCAAGGGAUCAGCGGCAUUCUCCCCUGGGAGAAGCUCCCUUAGCUCAGUGAAGGAGAGGUCAGAGAGAGAAUGCAGUUCUUUGUCCAAACACAGCUCCAUGAACCAGUGGAUGGAGGAGUUCAGCCAUCCUGUGGAGAGUCUUGCUUUGACCAUAGAGGAGGUGAUCAACGUGCGUAAGGUGUUGGUGAAAGCUGAAAUGGAAAAAUUCCUUCAGGACAGGGAGCUGUGCAAUAACCUGAAGAAGGGGAAGGUUUGUUGCUGCUGUCGAGUGAAGUUCCCAUUAUUUUCAUGGCCGUCGAGUUGCCUCUUCUGCAAAAGAAAUGUGUGUGGAUCCUGCAGUGUAAAGAUGAAGAUCCCUUCAAAGAAGCUGGCACACAUACCUGUUUAUGCUGUGGGUUUUGAGAGCACUGGAGGCCGCCACUCCAAGAAGCAUGAGGUCUAUCAGUCUCUAAGGAGUCUGAGCUGUUGGUCUGUUGAAGAGGAGUUCCCUCAUUUCUAUGCCAACGGCUGCAGUCUGAAGGACAUCUGCGCUGAGUGCACCAAGUUUGUCGGUGAUGUCAUCACCUCGAGCCGGAAGAGUUUGGACAUUCUGAACAACACACCCAGAAAAGCCCAAUCCCAGCGUGUCCCUCCUGGGAGGUCUGCAAAGUAUAAAUAAACUCCUUUUCCACUCGGGACUUCAUUCAGCCAUCUCUGAACUGAAAAAGCAUUGUGUUCCUUUACCGGCAUGUUCCAAAUAAUGCAGUAUUGCCUGUGAUAGUUUCUCCUUGCGGUUCUCUCCUGAAGCGCAUUCCUCAGCACCUUGCCUGAAAGAACAGCUCUACAGCCAGCCAGGUAUGGCCUUGCAAACCCAUGGAGUGUGUUGCCAUGGGCUUAGCAAAUCACAAAAUCAUUAUAAAGGUAUUUAAUGAAUGUGAUUAUGAUCUGAAAAAGGCCUUCUGUAUUACAGUGGACAGAGCAACGUUCUGCCUUACCUGAACAAGUGCAACUUGGAUUAAAAAAAGGGAACAAGCAAGGAGUGAUUCACAAAAGGUGUUGGGAUGGUAAAAUAAGGACCUAUAUCUGCUCUGGCUUGCCCUGCAGCAUGGGAUUAUGAAACGUGAAAAAGACACUAACCUUUCUAUAUUGUCCACUCUGAGACCUAGUGAAAUAUUCUUUAUAGCUUUAAAGCUUUAUAGUUCAUCAGCACUUCCAUCAUAACCACUAUGGAUGCGACUGGAGAUGUACAGUAAUUCCUGAUCAAAGAUUUGUAUGUAUAUAAAAAACAACACACGUGUAUUGCUGCUGCAGAAUGAAAGAAAAUGCAUCUCUAAAGUGUAAAGCAGAGAAAUACUGUUGGUUGUAUUUAUGUGUACAUAUGAGGAUCACCAUUAUUUUUUAAAUCCCUCAGUAAACAAAAAUGAUGUACAGUAUUUGCGUUGGAAUUCAGCGGUCAUAUAUUGAGACACGUUAUUCAGCUAGUAGCUGGUGUUUAAUUGAUAGCAUGGGAAUUUAUUGUAGCUCAACAGGAUAGUUACACAGGAAUGGUUGCAUUUCCAAGCAUUGGGUUCUGUGGUUGCAGAAUUACAACAAGACUACUAGAGCAUGAAGAAGCUAGAAAUGGGUUUUCAUAAUGGCAAUAAUAACCUAGACCUACAGAAGUACGGUCUUGCGUUAUGAUUGCUUCCCAAGUUAUUUAAAAAAAGAAAGUUAGCUUGUUUUUGUGUCCUGCUGCUCUGGUAGAUGUGACGUUAUCAUGUUCUUGUUUUUUUUACUUGGUUUGUGUUUGUCAUGUUACCCUGCGUUUGUUCUCAUGAGAAAAGAUUGUAUGCUAGAAUUGUGAUGAUAGGGAAAGCUACCUGGCUUUGACUCUCCAGUUAGCUGUAUUAAAAUGGUGCCAACAUCAACAGAAUAAAAUGAAGCUGUAAUAAAACUGUGCUGUAGUGUGUUCUGCGGAAUACAUGCUGUCAAUUGCUAUGGCACGCAAACAUUUAAACAGUUUAUUUAUUAUCCAGCUCAGGGUAAUACGUAGUAAUGGUUAUUGGGACUAUCUUAUUGUGACGGAGGUGCCUCUCUGUAUAUGAGUUACAUUUCUAUAUGUAUAACACAAGUUAUUCCACACACUGUAAAUCACUCACUUUGUGCUUUUGACAUUGAUACCAACCUCAUUUGCAUACCUUAUGACAUAUAGCUCUUCCACAGUGCUUCCCAAUUUAAACUAUUCCAUUGUCAUUUCUUAUACAAUAUUCUGUACAUAGUGUUGAUGUACAUCAUAGUCAUCAGCAUUUUUCUGAGGGUAAUAUAUUGAGCUUGCAGCUGUUGUGGGGGAUGUUUUAUGCUGUUUUUUGCAUUAUUGUAACUUACAGUGGCCACUGAUCGUUCAUGUCGAGUAUUGACUAGGGUUGACUUUUCAACACCUUUUUGAAGAUUUUAAAAACUUCAACCUCCCCCUCUAAUCCUUCUUUGUUCUAGGCUAAAUAGAUUGUUCCCUCGUUCGAUCUCCAGACUGUUGUUUAGUAUUGCCCUAUCAAGAUCCUUCUAUUUUGUUAACCUCUCAGCUUUUGAUCUAAGUUAUUUGAAAGUGGGGGAAAUAAAAUCCCUUUCUUUUCUGUUUUGAGAUCUGAUCUUUGAUUUGUGCAACAGGAUGGCAGACCAGGGACUACAUUGAAACUGAGAGAUUUGCAGCCAUCUCUCAAAUCUAAAUCAGUAUAAUAACUGCAGUGAUUUUGAAAGUUUGUAUCAUUCUGACAACUGUGCUGUGGAUUCGGGUUAGAGCUGAGACCAAGCUGAGAACUGAUUAAUCUUAAGUGAUGCAUUUUAGCUUAAAAGAGAAGGAAGUUUAUAACAAGUUACAUUGGUGUUGGGUGUUGGGAUUGCCAUUAUAAAUCAUGGCACUGGAAAUGCAUUUAAAGUAAUAACCCAGGCUUAAAAAUAGUUUAUUUUCAAAGGGUUUCCUUCAUUAUUUUAUAAAAGAAGAAUCAUGUUAGUAUUACAGGCAUCAGAUGUGGACAUUCAUGCAGUGGUCCGUCUGGUCUGAGGGUCGUGAGGACAUUCCUAAUUAACGUGCAUGAUUUGUGAGUUCAGUUCAAUACCUACAGGCCCAUGGAUUACUAAGCAAAGUGAUCCUGUGGUGUAGUGUACCAUGAAGAGGCUUAUUUUUUAAAUUGCCAUCCGGGGAGCUAUUCUGUUUUAGAAAUACCAUGGAUGCCUUUUCCCAAAGGAGAGGCAAUCUUAGCUAAUGGUCUAGUGUCCCUUUGUGGACCUUAAAAUUGUGUCAAAUUAGAGAACUGGAAUGUUGUAUUGCCAUGCUCCUGGCUAUUCCAUUGACUAGAAUUAGAUUUCAACCCUAUUCAAACUAACAUAAUAGGCAAAUAAUUUGUUUUCAGUAUAUUGAUAUUGGCUCUGGUAUUGGUUUUAAUAAACUGUACUGUAUUGCUUCUUUUAGCAGUA